CCUUAGCUUCCUAAAUGCUGGAAUGACAGGCCUUCACCACCACCACUUUUUUCAUUUGUCUUUAAGAGCCCUGUCUAGAUAAGAUUCAGAAUGUUCCCCUCUCUUGAUUGCACCACUGUGGACUGCAAACCUCCUAUUCCUGAACGGAGAGGAGGCAAACCUAUUUCAGGAGUUGUGUGAAUGCUGGUUCGCUCAGGAGCAAGUGCAGUGACUGUCCCACACAUGGACUGUUAGGUCUCAUUGCUCAGGAGACUGGGGUGGAAGGAUCAUUGGAAUCCAGGAGUUCCAGACCAGCCUGGACAACAUAGUGAGACCCUGUCUCAAAAACAAAACAGAGCAAAACAAAUGAGGGGUGUGACCAGAAAGUAGUUAUGUGCCUGGAUUUUUAAAAUCACCUAUAGAGUGGGGACAAACCCCUGGUGUGCAUGCUUAUAGCCAUUUGUUACAAUUAAAAGCUCUAAAAGGUUCACCAUCACUGAUAGAAAUUCAGUAUGUGGAUGAUUGCUGUUCAUUUCAGAGUUGUCUUCCUGAGAACUUAGAUUUUCUGAGUGUCACUCUUUAUUCAGAAUCUGUUUUGGAACCCACUGUUUUUUCUUUUGACUGGUCCUUCAGGAUUGGAUUUGGUGAGGAAGAAGAGUUCCUGGGUUCCAUCUCCAGCAUUGAUAAGUAAAUAAAUACACACAUAGUGACCGUGGGGCUUCUCCUUAGUCUGGGGACUUACCUACGUCCUGAAGGCAGCUUCACAUGCAUUGGGUAGUAAAGGCCACGGCAGUAGGCAUGUUGCCUCCUCAGGUGACUGCUUUCUGCAGGAGUAAAGUGUGUUGAGAGACCUAUCAGUUUGGUCUCUAGCUAACUUGACAAAAUGCCCGAGAAAAUCAACUCAGGAGGAAAGGUUUGUCUGAGUUUCAGACCAUGGUCACAUUGCCAGUGGUGGCACAGCACAUUAUGGCAGUGGGAGCCUGUGGAAGAGGAAGCCUGUUCACCAUAUGAUGGCCAGGAAGUAUAAAGAGGAAGGGAUUAGGGUUCUAGUUCCCCUUUAGAGGUAAACCCUAGUGACCUGACUUCCUUCCAUGAGGCCCUGCCCCACCCAUUAGCACUGGGCUGGACAAUGUCUAGGCCUUUCAAAGAAGGGUCUUUGGGGGGCUUUUUCCUGGCUCCAGAAAGCCUUCAUUCUCUGAAAAAAUUCCAUCAUGUCAAGUGAGUCAGGUAAUCCCCAUACUUGCCAUUUUUGAGGUUUUUUUUUUUUUUGAACCAGGGAUUGAACUCAGGACUUUGCACUUGCCACGCAGGUGCAGCACCACUGAGCUAAAUCCCCAGCCUGUACCUGCCAUUUUUAAUGUGUGAAAAUUAGGUGUGUAUGUGUAUGUAUGUGCUGGGGAUUGUGCUAAGCACACACCAACACUGAGCUACUCCCCAGCCCCCAAAUUAUUUUUACAACUAAAACUAUUGUUUGCACAGUUUCCAAUGAAAACCUGAGUUAUUUCCCCUUGAGUUUAACUAUAUGUGGGUAAUAGGAGGUGAUUUCAUCACCAAAAGAUGGAUCAUAUUUCCAGAAUAAGCAACAACUUAUUAGCUAUGAAUUCUUAGCUUCUGUCAUGUUUGUAUUAUGAUAAAAUAUACAGAAAAAGUCAAUUUUAGGAAAUGUGUGAAAAUUCUAUGAAAUACAUUAAAAAAUUACACAGAAAAAAUUUUUAUUAUUAAAAUGCUAGGGUGCAUCCCUCAGCAUAAACUCUUAUUCUACUUUUCUUUGGGGUUUUUCCCAAAAUUCUUCCUAAACAGUGUUGGCUGUGUGUGUGGGAGUGGGGGAGCCUCUUCUAAGCAGGUGGGAUCCCUGGGUCCUAUGAUGGUUGCCUGACUCUGCAGGCUCUGCCCAGCCAGGGGGCUCCAAGGAGAUGUGUGUGGAUUCCAAUGCAGAGCACUGGCUGCAGAUCUGGGAUACAGCUGGCCAAGAGCGGUUCCGUACCAUCACCCAGAGCUACUACCGCAGCGCUAAUGGGGCCAUCCUUGCUUAUGACAUCACCAAGAGGAGCACCUUCCUGUCAGUGCCCCAUUGGAUUGAGGAUGUGAGGAAGUACGCAGGCUCCAGCAUUGUGCAGCUGUUGAUUGGGAAUAAGUCUGACCUGGCUGAGCUUCGGGAGGUCCAGUUGGCCGAGGCGCAGAGCCUGGCUGAGCACUACGACAUCCUUUGCGCCAUCGAAACAUCUGCCAAGGACUCAAGCAAUGUGGAGGAGGCCUUUGUUCGGGUCGCCACCGAGCUCAUCAUGCGGCAUGGGGGCCCCAUGUUCAGUGAGAAGAACACUGACCUCAUCCAGCUGGACAGCAAGGACAUUGGGGAGAGCUGGGGCUGUGGGUGCUGACGCUCCCUCCUUCCCUUGGGCUCUGUGCCAGAAGUGGAUGCUGGGAAGGAGGAGCUGGACUCCCUGCAGUACCUGGUGGCUGGGGCUGGUGUUCUCCACAUUCCAGGACUGGACUGCGCCUGCCAGCUGACCCCAGGGUGGGACAGGUCCCUUUCCUGUGCCACCUUCUGCUUUGCCUAGUGACCUUGACUUUGCAGCUGGUGCCCAGAUUCUUCCAGGCCAUUGGGGGCUCUGUCUGUAGUCUGAUGAGCAGGAGUAGCUGAACAGUUCCUGAGCACCGUGACAGAGUCCCCUGGCCUGAGUUGGCUUCCUCCCUUGUGCCUGCCACAGCCCCAGACGCUUCCUGGGCCCAGCCUUCUGCCCUAUCAAGACCUCAGUUUACUAGCUCUCCAUGUGACUUCUCAUUUUCAUUACCAGAGGUGUGGGGGUUUUGGCCCAUGGCAGCUGGAGAUGGAGAUGCGGCAGGAGAGGGACACUGAAGGUAGAAACAGUGGCUUUGAGGCAGCAGCCUGUGGUAGAGUGUAUGCUCAGCGUCCAAGGCGGGUAUGGAUCCUAAGCAGCAAACCACGCACCCACCUGUGUCUGGAUGAGGGCCUAGCGGUCCUGCAGGGCGCCCAUUCCUGGGUGCACAGAUCCUCUUGCCACCAUGUCCAUGAUCACUCACUUCCCAGGGGCCUGGCAAGCCCACGGUUUCUCAACAACAAAGGCCUCACCUGGUAGCCAUGACCUGGUCUCCUUCAUCCACUGGGCCAUAAUGGCCUCAGUCUGUGUGGGGUGCUGAGGUUAGACAGCAGGCAGGAACCCCUAAAAAGCACCAUCUGGGCAUGGGAGCACAGGAUCCUCGCCCACCUUGGCCCUGGCAGAGUUGCUGCUCUCUGAGUCAACAGGCGCUCAGUGUUGAUGUGGUGGCGGCUUUUUCCUGCCCAGGUUGUCUUGCCUUGUUCCAAACACUGCCUGCAGCAGCCCCUUCCCAGGGGCUGGAGCAUGACCCGCUUCCUUGCUGAGACCUGGGUGCAUAGCUGAACACGGCACCCAUGGGAGACGGGGGCCAUGUCAGGGAGGAGCUGCAUUCCUCUGGUAGGAGGAGUGCAAGUGUAGGGAGCAGCCGCUGGGCCUCACCCUCGGUGUGAUGCUGGGGUUGGGGUGGGCCUGGGCCUUCUGCUAGUUCUGAUUGGCCUGUGCUGUUGACAGGAAGUGCCACUGCUACCUUUUCUCCCCUGCUGCUCCUGGGCCCCACGACCUCUGGGUUCACCACCAGGAAGGGUAGAGCCCAGCUUUUACCUGGGCACAAAGAGGUCACUUGGAGGGUGACCCUGCAGCGCUCUGCUCUUCUUGGGUGACAGGGAGCACACACGGGCUCAGGUGUGACAUCAGGGCGCAGGGGCAUGCUGUACUGCUCCCGCUGUCCUCUGCCUUGGGGUGGAUCCUGCAGCCUUCAUCUUUGCUCUGGCACACCCUGGGCUGCCUAGAUCCGGGGAAGGCACAGGACAGCGCUCACUUGUCACUGUAGGCUGUGAGCCGUCACCCUUCCCACCACUGCCCACUGUUGGCUGCCUGAUGGCCCCUUGAGCCAGGAUGGCAUCCUGCUUCUGUCCUUCCACAACCCAACAUGUCAGUGUGUGAGGGGAACCCAGCCCCGCCCCGUGGACAGGAGUGGCCUUGUAUCGAGUUCAGCCUAGGAACCCAGAUUGCCUGGACGCCCCCAUGCUUUCUCCUUGCCACGCCCUAUCCUCAUCCACUCCCCACCCAUCCCACUGCCCCCUGUCCCUGCCUGUCCUCUCCUGCCCCAGUACUCCUGUCCCUGCCCUCUCACCUGAGGGCCCAGCUGCCCUUGGGCUCCAGUUCCACUGCCCAGACCCCAUUCCUGCUCUAUGGCAAGUCUGAAAUGGUCACCUGGUCCAGGGCUCUGAGGGAUCUCAGGGUCCACACGCAAGCCUCUUUAGCAGCUGUCCCUGCCCAGCACAAUUCCUGUCCCUUCCUGUGCUGUCUCUGCCGACCUGGCCUCCCUGUCCCAACCCUGCUCUCCCCAUCUCCAUCCCCCCUUUCAUUCCUGUCGCUCAGAAUCCUGCCAGUGGCCCAGCUGGCUCACCCAGUCUCCUGGGAGAACAAGUCCUUCCCUGCCCUGUGGCCACCAGGUCCCACAGCCAAGUUGAAACCACUUCCUACAGAGCAGCCAGCCUCAGUGGCGGUGUUGGGGCCUCGGGCCCUGCGUUGGACACCUACCCUAUAGCGUCCCAUCAGGCAGGAUCCACUGCCCCCUGGGCGGCUUGGGUAAGGAAGCAAGUAUGUGGGACAGAAAACAAAACCAGCCUGUAUCUCCUGCCGGCCACAGCUCCCGGCAGCUGGGUCUCGGGCCAGAGGGGACCAGUUUCUUCUCUUGUUUCCUAAUCACCCAUCAGAGGAGCAGCUGGGCAGGGCCUCUGUCCUUCCCAGGGGGGUUGGCCCCAAGGUGACGGUCCUAACCUUGGGGAGCCGAGGAAGCCUUGGUUCACACUGAAUUCAGCUCCUCUCUCCUGGGAAUGUUAGCCAGGCACUCUCAGACCCAAAGGCAUGGACUUGGGGGAUGGGGUGGGGACCUCAGCCAGCCCAAUGGUGCCAUAUGUGUUGGGACUUUUUCUUGUUACGUAUUUAUGAAUAUAUACAUCUUUAUAGCAAAUCUAUUUUUUAAAACAUGGAUAAUUGCCUUUAUGGAAACUUUCAGAGCCAGAGUGUAAAAGGCCUCCCCCAUUAAACAGAUUUUUGUCACGA